GCAGCCGAGCCCGCUGGCCGGAUGGGGUUGGAGGAAGUGGUAUGGACGAGAUGAUCCCGCAAUGCAGAGGAGCCGCGGAGCACAGUGCAGGUGACGCUCGUCGAGCUGUGGCUGUUGCUUCUCGUUCCUCUGAGUACCAGGAAGAUGACACGCUUCGCUCUGACUUUUGUCCGGCAUGGAGAAACAAGAUUGAACAAGGAGAGAAUAAUUCAAGGGCAAGGAAUAGAUGAGUCUCUUUCAGAAACUGGAUUUAAACAAGUAGCUGCUGCUGGUAUAUUUUUUAAUAAUGUGAAGUUUACUCAUAUUUUCGCCAGUGAUCUCAUAAGGACAAAGCAGACUGUGCAUGGGAUUUUGGAGAAGAACAAAUUUUGCAAAGAUAUGACAGUAGAAUAUGAUUCAAGACUUCGAGAGAGAAAAUACGGGAUUGUAGAAGGCAAGGGACACAGUGAGCUAAGGGCAAUGGCCAAAGCAGCUGGAGGAGAAUACCCUAUGUUCACACCGCCUGGAGCAGAGACUUUAGACCAGGUGAAGAUGCGUGCAAAAGACUUUUUUGAAUUUCUUUGUCAACUGAUCCUAAAGGAAGCAGAUCAAAAACAACAGUUUUCCCCAGGAACUGCAAGCAACUGUAUGGAAACUUCUUUGGCAGACAUUUUCCCUUUAGGAAAAAACUGUGCCUCCAAAUUUAAUUCAGACAGUGGCGCAACAGAAUUAGUAGCCAAUGUCUUAGUCGUGAGUCAUAGUGCUUACAUGAAAAUCCUGUUUGAUUAUUUUCUGAAUGACCUUAAGUGUUCCUUACCAGCAACUCUGAGCAAAUCAGACUUUACAUCACUCAGUCCCAAUACAGGGAUUAGUCUCUUUAUCAUAAAUUUUGAGAAAGAAAAAGUUAAACCAACAAUUCAGUGUGUUUGUAUGAAUCUACGGGAUCAUUUAAAUGGAAUGACUGAAACUCAUUAAAUGUAUAUGAAAAUCUAACAAUUUUGAGCCUGUAAGGGAGGGAGUGCCUUUGACUUUGUUUCCAUCCUUUGCUAGGUAGAUCUGCUUUGGAAACGAAUAAAACAGGUUAUAACAGGUUAUAAAGCUCAAAUGGAAUCAUAGCCACAUAAAACACUAAUGAAAAACCAUUUAGAAUUAUUUUUCUGAGUACAGUUGGCAUUUUCGAGGAUAAUUUUACCACUUCGCUUAGUUAUAUCUCUGGGGUAGAUGGAUGAAAGAAAUCAGUAUUGCAAAUCGGGGGAUUAAUAACCUGGUUAUUUUGUUUCGUUCUUUUUUAUGUUAUUUUUCUUUAUUGUCUGAAUAAUCUAGUGUAUUUUGUUGGCUCUUGGUAAGAUAAUGCAUGUUUUGUACUAUCUCAAUCCUGUGCUCAGAAGAAGGAAUUACUUAUAAUUCCCACUGCAUAUUUAUAGUGACAACAUGUUAUAUUUUAAAAGUUCUUUAAGUGAAAAAUGCUUUGUAAGGCAAAAUGACACUAAAUUUUUAAUAUAGAAAUCAGCUGUUGGGAUUGUUUACUCAGGUUUAAAAUACGGAUGAAUGCAGGUUAUGAUUGUAUAGCAGUCUGGUGAGGAAGAAGUUAAAGCAUCACUUGAUUUAAAAACAUUAAAGUAGGAAUCUGAGUAGGGGAAGAUAAAGCUCUUCUCUAACCUGUCGUCUGAAGAAUUUAGUUUGAGGAAGGCUCUAAAGAAAGCAAACAGUUACUGGUGUACUUCACAGUUACCUCAGAAUAAGAGCGGGUGUUUCUUUGAAAAAAAAAAAAAAUGGUGCCCUAAUAACCACAGCUGUGGGGUUUUUACGGAGGGUACAGAUAACGUUGCCUCUAUUUUCCACCAGAUGGCACUGGAGAAAAGGGAUUUUGGUUAACUUAAUUUUGUAUAUAUAAUUGGACCUUCAAAGAUCCUUGUCUAAAUGAAGCAAUGUUUUACAUGUAGUUUGCUUUUCAGUUUUCAUGUUGAUGAAUGCUGUGAAUCUCAAUUUAUGAAAGAAUUAACACUAAAGUUUCUCAAUUAAGGCUAAAAUCACGUAUAGUCAACAUUUACUUUGGACACUAUUUGAAUCAUGUAUAAAGUUGGGCAUUCUGCUGUUUUCAGUGUGUCUAGCACCACUAGUUUUCCUACCACUGUUGGAAGGAGCUUGUGGUUGAGUGCCAGAGGAAGUAUACUGCAAAUGAAAAAAUUUGAAAAAUAACCAAAAAGGAUAAAUGAAAAAUGUCCACAUUCCCCACCAUCCAGAAGUAAUACUCCCCCCAUUUUAAAUAACAGGUUGAGAUGUAAGUAAAAUUCCUUUCACUAGUUCUCACAGUCUUGUUCCUUUCUGGUACUCUACAGAGGCAUCCACCACAAUGAGUCUGUGUAUACAUUCAUCCUUUAUGUUUUUACCCGAUAUCAUAAGGGAAUGGUAUUAUUUUGGUGUUUUAAAAAUGUAUGUAAAUCUCAUCAAACUGUCUGUAUCCUUUAUUUUCACUUGUUAUAUCUAUGUUGAUUUGUAUACAUUUACUUAUAACCACUGUAUUCUAUUGAAUAAAUAUGAUACCCUUUGUUUAUUCUCAUA